CUGGAAUGGUGCGCGCGCUCGCUUGCUCCUGCACUGCAAUGGCGCUGGCGGCGCGCUGAAGGGACUUGCGCGAGUCUAACAGAGAUUUUAAACGACAAUCUACAGGAAUGCACAGCGAGUCAUCGUUAAAUCCGACCUGAGGAAGAGAACUGAUUUUACGUCUGAUCUUUUGAUGUCCUCCGGUGAGCGGUCGAGCCGUGAAGGUGAAUGAAACCGCCCCAAACGCUCCUCACAUCUGCCAGCGACCCGCCCGCCGUGUCCACCGGCUGACCCGAGUACAACAGAACCUCGCUGCAGAUCUGACCCGUGUGGAUGAUUAUGGCAGAACGCGGUUCCACCGGAUUAUUGAUGCUGAUGCCGGAGCCGUCAACGGCGGUCGCGCGCACUCUCCCGGCGGAGGUGCGCGAGAAGCUGGCGGAGCUCGAGCUCGAGCUGUCCGAGGGUGACAUCACACAGAAGGGCUAUGAAAAGAAGAGAGGUAAACUGUUGGCACCCUACAUACCACAGGUACAAGGUGUUGAUCCGUCUCUGCAAAUAGAACACAGAAUCCCGUCACAGGUGAACGCCGCCGGUCACAAACACAACAAAUCCCGUGUGACAAACUCCAGGGAUGAGCGCUUCAGAUCGGAUCUGCACACUGAAGCGGUACAAGCGGCACUGGCGAAAUAUAAAGAGAGAAAGAUGCCGAUGCCCUCGAAGAGACGAUCUGUGUUAGUCCAGUCCUCAGUGGAAGCCUGCACUCCUCCAGGUACAACACACACAUACACGUCAUCAGCAUCAGAGGAUGAAGGCUCGCUGCGACGGCAGGGACAGAUCUCCUCCUCAUCUCCGUAUCAGUCUCACCCUCGAGUAGAGCACUGGUUUAAUAAAGUCCUCCAGGGCUCGUCCACAUCAUCCUCUGCCUCCUCCACCUCCUCUCAUCCCGGAGGAAGAUCUCAUCACGCCACCUCCUCCUCAGCUGCAACGGUCCUGGCUGACCUCAUGUCUCACACACACAACGACACCAACAACAGUGCCCCCCCGGACGUGACCGGCCUGUCGGAGCGCUCGCUGCAUGUGGAGCGUCCACAGGUGUCAUCGGUUCGAGGGAUCCCGUGCGGAUACAUGAAUACCAGCGUCAUGGAGACCGCUGACGGUGUUCCAGUCAACAGUCGAGUUUCCUCAAAGAUUCAGCAGCUCCUAAACACACUGAAAAGGCCCAAAAGACCCCCGUUGCCAGAGUUCUUCGUUGAUGAUUUUGAAGAACUUUUGGAUGUCCAGCAUCCAGAUCCCGAUCAGCCCAAGCCGGAGGGGGGUGAGAUGAGACCUCUGGACGGUGAGCCGCUGGAGGUGAUGUCCAACUGGCCUUCGUCAUUACUGGCCUCUCUUCAGCACUGGGGUACAACACAACCCAAGAGUCCCUGUCUCACUGCGCUGGACAAUGCUGGCAAAGCCGUCUACACGCUCGCAUAUGGGAAGCUGUGGACGCGGAGUGUGAAGCUGGCGUACACGCUGCUGAAUAAACUGAGCUCCAGGAGUGAGCCGCUGCUGCGCCCCGGAGACAGAGUGGCUCUUGUGUUUCCCAACAAUGAUCCUGUGAUGUUUAUGGUGGCGUUUUAUGGAUGUCUGUUGGCCGAGCUGGUGCCUGUACCUAUAGAAGUGCCGCUUACUCGAAAGGACGCUGGCAGUCAGCAGGUGGGCUUUCUGUUGGGCAGUUGUGGGGUGACUUUGGCUCUGACCUCUGAUGCCUGUCAGAAGGGUCUCCCUAAAGCACAGACUGGAGAGGUGGUCACUUUUAAAGGCUGGCCGAGACUGCUGUGGUUUGUUACAGAUGGAAAGCAUGUUGUAAAGCCUCCUAAAGAAUGGUAUCCACCAAUCAGAGACGCUAGCAAUGACAUCGCCUACAUCGAGUAUAAGAGCAGUAAGGAGGGCUGUACCAUGGGCAUCACUGUGUCUCACUCUUCUAUGUUGGCUCACUGUCACGCUCUCACUCAGGCCUGUGGAUACACCGAGGGUGAGAUUAUAACAAAUGUUUUGGACUUCAAACGUGAUGCUGGUCUGUGGCACGGUGUCCUGACGAGUGUGAUGAACAGACUUCAUGUCAUCAGCAUCCCAUACUCCCUGAUGAAGGUCAAUCCUCUGUCCUGGAUUCAGAAAGUUCACACGUAUAAAGCUCGUGUAGCGGUGGUGAAGUCCAGAGACAUGCACUGGUCACUUUUAGCCCAGCGAGAACAGAGAGACAUUAGUCUCAGUUCACUUCGCAUUCUCAUUGUUGCGGAUGGAGCCAAUCCCUGGUCUAUCUCGUCCUGUGAUGCCUUUCUAAAUGUAUUUCAGUCCCGUGGGCUUCGACCGGAGGUGAUCUGUCCGUGUGCGAGUUCUUCUGAAGCCAUGACUGUCGCCCUCCGCAGGCCUCCAGAGAUGUCCGUUCCUCCUCCAGGUAAAGCCGUGUUGUCUAUGAGCGCUCUGAGCUACGGUGUGAUUCGAGUGGACACAGAGGAGAAGCUGUCAGUGCUCGCCGUUCAGGAUGUUGGUCAGGUGAUGCCUGGAGCUCAGGUGUGUGUGGUGCGUGUGGAGGGGACGCCGUAUCUCUGCCAAAUGGAUGAGAUUGGUGAAAUCUGCAUAAGCUCCAGCACUACAGGAAUCUCUUACUAUGGCCUGCCCGGCAUGACCAAGAACGUCUUUGAGACCAUUCCAGUGACAUCAUUAGGGACGCCCAUCAGUGACAGGGCCUUCACACGGACGUCUCUCCUGGGCUUUAUCGGGCCGGAUAAUCUGGUGUUUGUGGUGGGGAAGAUGGACGGGCUGAUGGUGGUCACUUCAAGAAGACAUAACGCUGAUGAUGUAGUGGCCACUGCGCUGGCCGUAGAGCCCAUGAAGUUUGUGUACAGAGGAAGGAUCGCGGUGUUCUCCGUGUCUGUUCUUCAUGAUGAGCGUAUCGUGGUGGUGGCUGAACAGAGGCCAGAUGCGUCUGAGGAGGACAGUUUCCAGUGGAUGAGUCGAGUCCUGCAGGCUAUAGACAGCAUUCAUCAGGUUGGCGUGUAUUGUCUGGCUCUGGUCCCGGCUAACACGCUUCCUAAAGCUCCUCUGGGGGGCAUUCACAUCUCAGAGACCAAACAGCGCUUUCUGGAGGGAGCCCUGCACCCCUGUAACGUCCUCAUGUGUCCUCACACCUGUGUCACCAACCUGCCCAAACCCCGACAGAAGCAGCCGGGCACCGAGGUGGGACCUGCAUCCAUGAUGGUGGGGAAUCUGGUGGCUGGGAAGAGAAUGGCUCAGGCCAGUGGACGAGACGUGUCACAGCUGGAGGAUACUGAGCAGUUUCUGUACAUGCAGGAUGUUCUGCAGUGGAGGGCUCAGGCGACUCCAGAUCAUCCUCUGUUUCUGCUGCUCAACGCCAAGGGUACAGUGUCCAGCACAGCCUCAUGUGUUCAGCUACACAAGCGAGCGGAGCGUGUGGCCGUAGCUUUGAUGGAGAGAGGUCGACUCAACACUGGAGAUCAUGUAGCGCUCGUCUAUCCUCCUGGUAUUGAUCUGAUCGCCACAUUCUACGGCUGUCUGUACGCCGGCUGUGUUCCUGUGACGGUCCGACCGCCCCACCCACAGAACCUGACCACCACCCUGCCAACGGUUAAAAUGAUUGUGGAGGUCAGUAAGUCCGUGUGUAUACUGACGACACAAGCGAUACUGAAGCUGCUGAAGUCCAAAGAGGCGGCGGCCGCAGUGGAUAUUAAAUCCUGGCCGUUGAUACUGGACACAGACGAUCUGCCGAGAAAGAGAAUUCCUCAGGUUCAUAAACCGCACGCGCCGGACAUGUUGGCUUACCUGGACUUCAGCGUGUCCACCACAGGGAUCCUGGCUGGAGUGAAGAUGUCUCACGUGGCCACCAGUGCCUUGUGUCGCUCCAUUAAACUGCAGUGUGAGCUGUACCCCUCUCGUCAGAUCGCCAUCUGUCUGGAUCCCUACUGCGGGCUGGGUUUGGCUCUCUGGUGCCUCUGCAGCGUGUACUCGGGCCAUCAGUCCAUUCUGGUUCCUCCUCUGGAGUUGGAGAGUAACGCGUCUCUCUGGCUGUCCGCCGUCAGUCAGUAUAAAGUGCGAGUGACCUUCUGCUCAUAUUCUGUCAUGGAGAUGUGCACCAAAGGCCUGGGCUCACAAACGGAAGCCCUGCGGUUGAGGAACGUCAAUCUGGCGUGCGUGAGGACGUGUAUGGUGGUGGCGGAGGAGCGUCCUCGCAAUUCUCUCACGCAGUCCUUCUCCACGAUCUUUAAAGAUCUGGGACUGUCCACUCGAGCUGUCAGCACCACAUUCGGCUGUCGGGUGAACGUGGCCGUCUGUCUUCAGGGCACCGCUGGACCGGACCCCACCACAGUAUAUCUGGACAUGAAAGCCCUCCGUCACGACAGGGUUCGGUUAGUCGAGAAAGGCUCACCUCACAGUUUAGCACUCAUGGAGUCUGGAAAGAUUCUGCCUGGUGUGAAAGUGAUCAUCGCCAACACUGAGACCAAAGGACCUUUAGGAGAUUCUCACCUGGGAGAAAUCUGGGUGAGCAGUCCUCAUAGUGCAUCAGGAUAUUACACAGUUUACGGUGAGGAGGCUUUACACGCCGAUCACUUCAGCACCAGACUGAGCUUCGGUGACACACACACCGUUUGGGCGCGCACAGGAUAUCUGGGCUUCUUAAGACGCACAGAACUCACUGACGCCAGCGGAGAGCGUCACGAUGCGCUGUACGUGAUCGGAUCUCUGGACGAGACUCUGGAGCUGAGAGGAAUGCGCUAUCAUCCCAUCGACAUCGAAAUAUCUGUGAUCAGGGCACACAAGAGCAUCGCUGAAUGUGCCGUGUUCACGUGGACAAAUCUGUUGGUGGUAGUGGUGGAGCUCGAGGGCUCUGAACAGGAAGCGCUGGAUCUCGUUGCCCUGGUGACCAACGUGGUUCUAGAAGAGCACUACCUGAUCGUAGGGGUGGUGGUGGUGGUGGAUCCAGGGGUGAUUCCUAUCAACUCCAGAGGAGAGAAGCAGCGCAUGCACCUGCGGGAUGGUUUCCUGGCCGAUCAGCUGGACCCUAUAUAUGUGGCCUACAACAUGUGAAAACACCUGACCUGACCACCAUCUCUUCCACAAACAUUGAUGGAUUCCCUGAUGGAGCUAUGCAGUUUAUUUUUUAUAUCAAACGUUUGAAAUGCCUUGAAGAUGAAACUCUGAACUCAGGCGGAAGAUGAUUUAAUUUCUGUUGUGACAUGAAUUCAGAUUGUGUUGAAGCACAAGUGAAUGUUUUCUGUGUGAGGAGGAGAUACAGCCCAAAGGUCCAGAAGCAGAAAUCACACUGUUGGUUUCAAUCACAGGAGCAUGUGCGGAUUUCUGAUGUAUUCUUUUCAUAACAUUACUAUCACCGGCAGUGAAGCUGUAAACAAAUUAAGAGAUGUGUUUGUUUUCUUCUCACAUAAUCACACACACUGUGGUAAAGUGUCAUUUCUGUGCCACUAGCAUCACCUGAAAAACAGCAGCUGUCCUUUUUAAUUCUAUGAACGGAUCAAGCUAGAUUGUUUUGAAACUCCAAUUCUGUGCAUUCUCAGAAAAGUCAAAUGAAAAUUGCAGAGUGGAAUUUGAGAAGAUCUGAUAUGGAAAUGAUUUGAGGGAAGCACAUUUAGACCUGUUCACUACCCAUGAGUCCUCCCCUGACAGCAGCCCCCCUCUACACUGACGCUCAAGCACACACCUGGCCUGGGGUCUCACAAAUAAGCUUUGAUUACACAGAAACUGGGCAAAGUCAUAAAGGAUGAUGAGCAAUUCCAGAAACCAUGAGGUCCAACAGUGAACCAUAACGGUUCACCCUAACUACUUUUCCCUAUAAUGACCUAGAUAAUGAUGUUCGAACAGGACACAAUCUGGCAUCUGGGUCCAGACCUCUGGAAUAUCCGCCUCUAGCAUCUGGACGGGACAUGAAAGACUAAAGUAGCUUAUGACUAGCGGUGAUGGACAUUGUCACUGCAGCCAGAGCCCCCUUUACUAGGCAUGGUCUGGUGAUCUUCCUGGGGGGAACACCCACAGUGAUGUGCAUCUGGGUGUGUGGUUCUUACAGGACAGGUCAGAGAGACGCUGUAUGCGGUUGUAGCAGCACUUUCUUACUAGAUGGGAUUAGACAGAGUAAGCACAACUUGAUUAUCAGGUUCCUUUGGCACAAGAGGUUUAAACCUUUCGAGACCGUGCCUGAUUUACUCUUUGGACCAGUCUGAUCCCUGUAACUCUUUCAGAAAACAACCUCUCUUUCAUCAGGAGAUUGGGGACCUCCAAGCAUUCUCUGUGUCCAAUAAACAGCUUGAGUUAGGCCCAGGAAACUUCAGUAUCCUUCAGACCCGACCCGGCUACGUGCUCAAAGUUCCCACCAUUUUCUUAAGGUGGUGACCUUAUGUGAAGGUAGAUGGACCUUCAGAUGUAGAUGGACUACACAGGCAGUUUAAACCAAGAGUCCCCAUGCUCGUUCCUGGUGGGCCGGGUCUCUGAGCUAAUCAAACACUCCUGAACCAGCUAAUCAAGGUUCUACAAGGCACAGUUGUGUGUUGAAGCAGGUUGUAGCGAAAAUCUGAACCCCCAGGGUUAGACGCUCAAAGUGGUGAUUUUGGAGCUCUCCUCCAGACAGAACGCACACAGAGGCCAUAUGUGCUUGUUAAGUCCAUCUGAUGUAUUUCACAUGUAAACCUACUCUUUGGGUAGAAUGUGGUCUGCACAGUGUCUUCCUUUCCCUGGCUGAUCCAGCUGAAGCGACGACUCAGUCUGAUUCUUCAUCCCCACCUUGGUCACUGGUUGAGCUCAUGACUCGAUUCCACCAAUUGUGAUGUUUAGUAAAAGUGCAUCACAUGUCACUACAUCAAUGCAGUAACUGAUGUAUACAAACAUAUUCCACUGACCAAUUCACUUUAGUCUUUUCUAAGAAAGCAGAGAUGGUUGUUACCAGUAAUGUCACUUCAUAAACACAACAUCUUGUUCCCUUUAUUGGGGAAUGGAGGGUUUUAUAGUAAGCAAAACGGUGGGAAAGGAGGAACGCAGGACAGAGAUGUUGUCUAGAAUAUUUCUUACUCACACUACUUACACUUCAACAUCUUGUUUUUAGAAUGUAAAAGUGUAUUUUCUAAAUUCUGAUAAGAUGAAGCACGUUCUGAACUGAAGUUUAUCUUUUGCUUGGUAACUACAGUUAUCUUACAUUCACCUUGCAGUUUAAACACUCAAAGGUCUGAUAUCAGACACCUGUGGACUGAUCUGUUUCAGUAUCAUGUUUUGUUUAUGUUUAAGCUUCUGUGUAAGACAGUAAUCAGGGUAAUAAUAAUGAAAAAAAGUCUUCUUCAGGUAACCAGGUCCCAUCUGACAAAUAUUUACACUUCAUAACAACAUCUGAGCUCUUUUCUGAAUGACAUUGUUCAUGUUUGAAUCUUUUAUUCUCACUUCAGAUGAAUGUAUGAAGGUGACAUUUUAGUCUCCCACGUAUUCUUAUUGACUGAAAUGUAACAGAACUGUUCUCUUGAUGUGUAAUUCAGCAGUAAUCAGUGAAGAGAUGGGACGUUGAUGUCAGGACACAUGAGCACUACAACUGAGGGCGUUCAUAUUUGCUGUCAGUUCAGUUACAUUGUGUGUGCGUGUGUGUGUGUGUGUGUGUGUGUUUGUGUGUGAGUUCAGCACUGUAAACAUGAUGUCUAGCAGCGUUUGCUUUAUGUAUAUUCACUGGUUUAAGGACAGGCAGUGAGCCUACGGUAAUUAUUGUACAGAUUUUGUUUAUAAGUUAUUACUGGUUCACCAGAAACCUCUCAAUCAUACUGCAGCAACAUGAAUGCAAAGCAAAUGCUGGUCAACGUUUCAUUUCUCCAGUGGUUACAUCAUCUUUUAUAUGGCAGUAGACUUGGUUUUGUUGCACAGAUUGUAAAGCACAUACAGGAUCUGUAUCACAGAAUGAUUGUGUUGAUUUUUUUAUUUUGCAGUUCUGUCAUUUAAUCAUUUGGUUGACUUCUGUUAAUGUUUCUUAAUAAAAUGACACAUUUAAUUUA